UUAUACCAUUUAUAGAUCGCAGCUUGUCCAGUCUGAUGGCGGCGGCAGCUUCCAGUUCGCGGCAGGGUCGCAAGUACGCCGAGGGCACCCAGCCCUUCACCGUCCUCAUCGAGGGCAACAUCGGCAGCGGGAAGACCACCUAUCUGAACCACUUCGAGAAGUACAAGCAGGACAUCUGCCUGCUCACCGAGCCCGUCGAGAAGUGGCGCAACGUGAACGGGGUCAAUCUGCUGGAGCUGAUGUACAAGGACCCCAAGAAGUGGGCCAUGCCCUUUCAGAGUUAUGUCACGCUGACCAUGCUGCAGGCGCACACAGCGCCCACCGACAAGAAGCUAAAAAUAAUGGAGCGUUCCAUUUUUAGUGCGCGCUACUGCUUCGUGGAGAAUAUGAAACGCAACGGCUCCCUGGAGGAGGGCAUGUUCAAUACGCUGCAGGAGUGGUACAAGUUCAUCGAGGAGUCCAUUCACGUGCAGGCGGACCUCAUCAUCUACCUGCGCACCUCGCCGGAGGUGGCCCACGAGCGCAUCCGCCAGCGCGCCCGCUCCGAGGAGAGCUGCGUGCCGCUCAAGUAUCUCCAGGAGCUGCACGAGUUGCACGAGGACUGGCUGAUCCACCACAGACGUCCGCAGUCCUGCAAGGUCCUCGUUCUCGAUGCCGAUCUGAAUCUGGAAAACAUUGGCACCGAGUACCAGCGCUCGGAGUCCAGCAUCUUCGACGCCAUCUCCAGCAACCACCAGCCAUCGCCGGUGUUGGUCUCGCCCAGCAAGCGCCAGCGUGUCGCCAGAUAACCAGUGAGGAUCAUACAUAGGCGCUGUCUCAAACCCAUAACCUUUAUAGUACCUAAUCUUGUGUAGUGCAGACUUUUAAUAUAAUGUAAGAGGCGCAGACGAGCCGAUCCGCGGGACAAGGCAAAGAAUUAUCUACUUACACUUCAAGCCCCUGAUUAACGCAUUCGUAUUUUAACAAUUAUAAUCCACAUUAUAUUCUAUUCACGGAAACUAGUUUGUAAGCCCAAAAAUUGUAAUAAAACCUGUGAGUGUUUAUGUUAAAUGAAAUUUCCCCAAAAGUUGGUUGAUACCCAUCUGCUUUUGAGAGCAUUUCAUAUAGAGGAAAUUUGCAUUUUUAGUUUAUAUUGUAUUGGACAAAGAAAUGAAUACAAGGGCAUUGCCCCUAUGAAAUUGAAAA